AGAGAGAGAGAGAUGGGAUCCCUUUCAGUUCCCAACAAGCCGCAUGCGGUUUGCAUACCAUACCCAGCUCAGGGUCAUGUAAAUCCUAUGGUUAAAGUAGCGAAGCUCCUUCAUUACAGAGGCUUUCACAUCACUUUUGUCAACAGUAAGUACAACCAUAAACGCUUGCUCAAAUCCAGAGGUCCCAAUGCCCUUGACGGCUUGCCUGACUUCCGCUUUGAGACAAUCCCUGAUGGUCUUGCUGAGCCGGAUAUUGAUGCAACACAAGACAUACCUGCGCUCUGUGACUCCACUAGCAAGAAUUGCUUGGCCCCGUUCCGCCAACUUCUUGUUGAGCUCAACUCUUCCUCUGGUGUUCCACCUGUCACUUGUAUAGUCUCGGAUGGGGUAAUGUCUUUCACUCUCAACGCUGCUGAAGAGCUUGGAAUUCCUAAUGUGUUGUUUUGGACCACCAGUGCAUGUGGUUUCUUGGCCUAUAUGCAUUAUCGACGCCUUAUUGACCGGGGUUUUACACCAUUGAAAGAUGAGUCCUAUUUGAAGAACGGGUAUUUGGACACCGUUAUUGAUUGGAUUCCAGGAAUGAAAAAUAUCAGCAUAAGGGACCUUCCAAGCUUUGUCCGAACAACGGAUCGAAAUGAUAUCAUGUUAAAUUUCUUGGCGGCAGAGAGUGAGAAAGCUGCAAAAGCUUCUGCCGUUAUUGUGAAUACUUUUGAUGAAUUUGAGCAUGAUGUUGUCGAAGCUCUCUCGUCCAUGCUUCCUCGAAUUUACACCAUUGGACCUCUUCAUUUGCUUCUCAAUCAGAUUCCACAGACACAUUUAAACUCCAUUGGCUCCAAUCUGUGGAAAGAAGAGCCUGAGUGCCUCAAAUGGCUGGAUUCCAAAGAACCCAAAUCCGUGGUCUAUGUGAAUUUUGGCAGUAUCACAGUCAUGACAGCGCACCAACUCGUUGAGUUCGCUUGGGGUCUGGCUAAUAGCAAGCAAACCUUCUUGUGGAUCAUUAGACCUGAUUUAGUGAGGGGUGAUUCGUCCAUACUGCCCCCAGAGUUCCUUGAAGGAACUAAGGAGACAGGUUUGAUGGCGAGUUGGUGCCCGCAAGAGAAAGUGCUAAACCACCCCGCAAUCGCAGGUUUCUUGACACACAGCGGAUGGAAUUCAACCAUUGAAAGCAUUGGAAGUGGGGUGCCUAUGAUUUGUUGGCCAUUUUUCGCCGAGCAACAAACAAAUUGUAGAUUUGCUUGCACUGAAUGGGGUGUUGGCAUGGAAAUUGACAAUAAUGUGAAGAGAGAUGAAGUAGAGAAGUUAGUGAGGGAAUUGAUGGAAGGAGAAAAAGGUAAGGAGAUGAGAAACAAAGCCAUGGAGUGGAAGAAAAAAGCAGAGGAAGCCGCCUGUCUGAAUGGCUCAUCAUUCUUGAAUUUGGAAGAACUGAUCAAGCAGGUGUUGCUGAAGUAA